CUGCUUGAUACAUUUGUCCGUGUCGAUGAUCAUGACGUUCUGUUGUUGCAGGAUCAGAUGGACAUCACCUCCGUCAUUGCGAUGCAAACUGCAGUGCAGAAGACGUGCUUCAAGCAAUGGGGCGACAGUUUAGUCAUGGAUUGGACACACGGGACCAACAACUUAGGCUACCAUCUUGGUUUGAAUUAUCUCGUAUUCUUUUCUAUUCUUGUUGUGACGUCAGCAACUGGAAGAGGCAUCCCUGUGGUUGACUUUCUCGCACUGGACCAGAAGGACGGGACCAUGGAGCGCAUUUUGGAGUUCUUCAAGCGUCACAAUCCGUCAUGGACAUCAAUUGAGACGUUCUCUAUUGAUUAG